AUGUCGACGAACUCCGUGGCCGAGUCGGGGCUCGGCCACCGCAAGGACCGGCCGGCCGAUGGCUUCCCCGGGUCGGAGCCCCUUGACUCGGCGCCCGGACGGUCGCCCUUCCUGACGGCCAAGCUGACCAAUGUCCCGCCGACGGACGCGCCGGCGGUGGAUGCGGCCGCCACGACAUCCGGCCCACCGGCCGACGCGCCGGCUGCCCCCCGGCUCAAGCGCUUUGUUUUCACCACGCCCGCCAAGGCCACGGCUGAGCCGGCUGCGGCCGCGGCCGCAGCUGCAGCUGCGGCUGCAGCGGCCGCGGCCGCGGCCGCAGCCUCUGUCACUUCCACUGGCGGCGGCAGUGGCGGCGGCGGUGGUGGCUCGCCAGCCGGCUCGUCCGGCGCCUCGUCCGGCGCCUCGUCCGGCAUGUCGAGCCCGCACUCGGCGCGGGCGUCCCCCCGGGCGCCUGGCGGCAACCUGCCACCGGCGCCCGAACCGUCGGCCGCCCCCUCCGACAAGGAGCCCGACAGGAGCGAGGCGGCCGAGCAGGAGGAGGACUUCACGCCGGACUUCUCGGCGGACCUCCUUCCGCCGGCCAUCCAGGAGCUGGGCCUUGAGCUUGCCGAAACAGCGGCCCUCUCGAGCGGCGGCCUCUGCUCGCUGGACCCGCUGAAUGAAGCAGCGCACAUUGACAUGCUGUCCAAACUCAACACCGGCCUGCGGUGCGUAAUCUUCGCCCCGGUGCCGGCCACCGCUCUGGACCCCCCGCCGGAUGCCAGGAUGGAGAGCGCCCUGCGGCGCCUGGGCGGGGACUUCGACCGGCGCGAUGCCCACGCGUCGGCCCUGUCUUUCGCCUUCGUGGACCAGCUGCUGGAGGCCCGCGACCGGGUCGAGGCCCGGGGCGACUGCACCCCGGAGGCCCUGUUCGCCUGGGCCGGGCGCCUGUCCACAUCGCUGAUUGACCUGCUCUGGGUGCUGGAUGCGGAGACCGACGCCGGGUGCGCCGGCGGGGCCGGCCCCGAUGCCGGCUCGGCUGCCCUGGAACCGGCCCUUCGCCGGCUGCGCUUCUUCCGCCUGGCCCAGGGCCUGCACGCGGCGGUGCUCCUGCUGCCGCAUCAGCUUCGCGAGCGCUUUGACCAGGACAUGCUGGCGGUGUUGGAUGUGGUGCCGGCUUUGCCGGCGACCGAGGCCGACCCGCUGGCCCCGGCCGGCGCCGGCCGGGCCCUGGCCGCGCGCAACUACCUCAAGGAAUUCGGCCGCUUCCGCACGCAGCGCCUCUUCCUCCGGUCGAACUUCAACCUCCUGCGCGAGUCGUCGCUCGGGUACUCGGACAUGCUGGUGUGGCUGUCGGAUUGGCUGGCCGGCAUCGGGCUGACCGGCUCGGCGGCCACCUCCGACGCGGGCCCCUUCCCGUUGGAUUUGGCCGAUGUCGGCCUGUCCCUGGAUCCGAGCAUGGCGGCCGGCCUGCCGGCCGAUGGGCAGGCCGCGGUGGCCGAGCUGCAGGCCGGCGUGGCGGAUGCCGCCGAGGCGGCCUUCCGGCGCCUGAGCCAGCUGCUGGGGACCUUCCACCUGGACCCGCACCGGGUGCUGGACCUGCUGCUGGCCUGCAUGGAGGCCGUGUGCGAGGGGGCCCUGCGCCUGCAGGCGGGGGCGCUGCAGGCGCGCUUCCGCCGGGACCGGGCCAAGUCCCGUCGUCGGUCGUCGGCCGGGCUGCAGCUGCUGGCCCUGGCCGAGGUGAUCCGGCGCUUCAACUUCGGCCUGGACCUGGUGUCCAGUGUGCUGGGGGUGCGCAUGCGCCAGGCAGCCGGCCCUGGGGGCGUUGGCUCGGCCCCGGCCCCGGCCCCGGGCGACGGGCGGCUGUAUAGCACCCUGCGGGCGGCCCAGCUCCGGCGGGCGCUCCCGCUGGCGGUGCUCCUGCGCGAGGGGAUCCUCACCCUGGGCCAGGUGGUCCCGCACCUGGCCCCGAACGAUGAUGAGGCCGUGCGGGCGGCUCACCGAGCGGCGCUGGCCUCGGCCCCUGGGCGUGCCUCGGCCGCCGGCCUGCCGGAUGGCUCCUCUGCCAAGGGGACCCGUCUGGGGCCCAAGGGCGACAUCGCCUUCCCGCCGCUGGACGUGCGCCCGGGCUUCGCCUCGCUGGAUGUCGGCGGCUGGCCGACCCUCGGCGAUGCCAACUGGUACCUCCUGGCCAGCAGUGGUCGCGGGUGGCUGGUGACUGCCCUGUGCCGGGUGGGCCAGCUGCCGAUGGCCAUGGCACUGGCCGGCUACCUGUCGCUGCGGACAUGCCUCCCGGCGCCGGGCGGCUCGGAGUCGGCGCCCGAUGACGGGGCCCCGGCCGAGGGCGGCCUGCACGACACGCGCCUGGGCCUGGCCCACCCGGCGGAUGCCGGGGCCACGCCGGUGCCCGUUCGCCAGGCCGGUGGCGAUCCCUCCGGCCCCGGCCCGCUGGAUGCCCUGCUGGCCCUGGGUCCCGAGGCCGGGGUGGCCGAUGUGGCGCGCCUGGCCGCCGGCACGGAUGUCGGCCUGGCGCCGGAGAUCGCGGCUAAUGCCGGCAUCGGCGCCUCGGUUCUGGCCUGGUGCCAUGUCCUCAUUCACUCGGCAUAUUGCGGCGCCACCGCCCUGCAUCCGGCGCGCCUGCAAUCGGUCGCCUCGGACGCCGCCCUGUUUGGCGCCACCGCCGAGCAACGCCACGCGGCCCUCCCCCUCGAGCAGGCCCCCCUGGCGACCGAGGACUUGACACGCCUUUUGCGCUCCUGCCUGCCGGCCUACUACCAGGCCGACCAGGAGGUGCUGUCGACGCUGGUGGCCCUGGCCCGGUUUGGCCACCUGGACCGGCGCCUGGUCCGGGUGUGCAAGGAGACCGGGCAAAUCCCCGCGGCCGAUGCCUGGCCCGAGCUGGCCUCCCAGCUGGGCCUGGUGGCCGAGGUGGUGCUGCCGGUUCUGCGCCGGAUGUCCGGCGGCCCGGGAGCCCUGCGCCAUGACCCGGUCUUGGCGGCGAAGUUGCUGCUACUGAUGGGCAGCUGGCUGGAGCUGACGGCCGGUGAUGGGUCGGCCCCGGGGGCCUGCCUGGCCGGGGGGGCCCCCGCGUCGGCGGUCGCCUCGUCCGGCGGGCUGCUGACCUUCGGCCCGGCGGGGAGCCCCGUUGCCGGGCCCGACCGCCGGCACUUUGGGGCCUGGCUGGCCCUGCUGGCCGGGCUGGUCCUGCCGGCGGUGGCGGCGCACGAUGCCAGCGGCCGUGCCGGCCUGGCGACCCUGCUCCACGGCCAGGCCUGGCCGCUGGUGCUGGCUCGUCUCGGCGGCGAGGAGCGCUUCCGGGUGUAUGGGGCCUGGCAGCGGGCGGCCCGGUCGUGCGUGGCCACGCGCGAGAUCGGCGCCCGCGUGGAGCUGGUUCUCCGGCGCCUGUCCAACCGGGUGUCCGUGGACAAUGUCCACCAAAGCAUGGGGCUGCAAAUUGCCCGAGUGGUGGCGGCCGACCCGCUGCACACCCUGGGCCGGGUGGUGGCCAGUGUCCAGUCCUACCGGCACAUGGUGCCGAUCUUCGUGGCGGCCCUCGGCGAGGCGCACGCCCUGGCGGUGGAUGUGCUGCUGUUCCUGGCGCUGGGCCAGGCGGCGGCGCCGCACCGCCGGCGCGUGGCCGCCGCCUCGGCCGACACCCUGGAGCCCUGGCUGCCGGCGCUGGGGAGCUUCCUGGCCGGGACCCUGGCCGGGGCUCUGACCGCGCCGGGGGUGCCACCGGCGCUGGCCGCCGCCGGGGCCGCCGCGCGCCUGGCCUCGGCGGCGCACGCGCGUGCCCUGCUGGCCGGCGAUGGGGCCCCGGGCCCGGGGCUGCCCCCGGUCCCGGUGGUCUACCACCCGGCCCUGGAGAUGCUGGUGCACUAUGUGGCCCGCCAGGUGCAGGCCGGUGUCUGUCCGGAUGCCCUGCUGCUGGCGGACCUGUCGCGGGCCUUCGGCGGGUCGCAUUUGGCCGAGCAGUCCCCCAUGCCGGAUGUGGUGGCCUUUGCGGCGGCCGUGCGGAGCAUGCGCCGCGCGGCCGCGGCCCGGGCCCCGGCUGCCGAGGACCACCUGUCGCCGGCGGCGCGGCACUUUGCCCCGACGGCCCUGCUGGCCUCGCCGCGCGUCACCGCCGCCUGUCACUUCGGCCUGCUGGAUGAGGCCAUGGCGGCGGCCCGGGCCGGGCGGCCCUUCCGCCCGGGCGCUGCCCCCUGGCUCCGGCCGCUGGUGGCCGACCUGUCGGCCGUGCCGGACCGCGAGCUGUCCAUGAUGUGUGCCUGGGCCGCGGCCGGGGGCCCGGUUUUGCGGCUGCUCCUCCGCCGGCCCGAGGCAUUCGGCCUGCUGACGCACUCGCUGGCCCGUGGCCCGGCCGAGUCCGGGCCGGAGCCCGGGGCCGAGCCGGGGGCCGAGUCCGGCCGACCGGCAGCCACCGAGGCGCAGUUGGCCGACCCGCCGGCGGCGGUGGCCCUGCUCACGGAGGACCCGCUGCCCCAUCCGGAGCUGGCGGCGGUCCUGUGCCGGGCGCUGCUGGCCUCCGGCCAGGCCGGUGCCCUGUUGGCCUUCCUCCGGCGCCAUGCAUCCAAUGCGCCCUUCAUGGUGGACCCCGACUCGCAGGCCGGCUUCGGGCCGCUGACGUACGGGGCCUUCGGCGAUGAUGACGAUGUGGCCCAAUCGCCGGCCGAGCUGGCCGCCGAGGCGGAGGUCGGGCCGCUGGCCCCGGCCACCGGUCAGGCCAUUGCCUCGCGCUCCGGGGCCGCCACCCGGGCGGCCCGGCUGUGGGCCCAGAUCGCCGGCUUCAUUGAGCAGUGGGGCGGGUCGAUGGAUGCCCAGGUGGCCGGUGACCGGGCGGCAGCCGGGGCCCCGGUCGACCGGUGCCUGGGCUGCCCGUUCCUGGCCCUGCCGCCGGUUGAGCAGCUGGUCGGGGAGUUCGGCCUGCGCCUGGCCGACGCGCUGUAUGUCCUGCGCCCGGCCAUUCGGUGGGCCGUGGCCACCACCAACAUCCCCCUGGUCUUCCUGCACAUGGCCAAUGGGUCCCUGCUGAAGCUCAACCCGAAGAUCCGCCUGGAGAGCCUCAUCGGCGACGCGCGUGCCCGGGAGUUCCGCCAGCUGGACCUGUCCGAGGCGGCCAUGAACCCCUCGGCUCGGUAUCUGCAUGGCCUGCUGCUGUCGGUGCAGGGGGUCCUGGAUCGCGAGCAGAGCGCCCUCAACGAGGCCGCGGCCUCCGGCGGUGCCCAAUCAUCGCAGGCCCCGGCCCCGGCCCAGCCGGAGAACACCCUGACCGCCCUGUGGAUGGUUACCUUCCACCGUUUGACCCUGGCGGAUUUGGUCCUGCCGGAGCAUGCAUACCAGUCGGAGCUGGCCCGACUCGGGGCCAGUGCCUCCGAGUCGCCGGGCCCCGAGGAGGGCCACCCGGCGGCCGGGUCCUGGGAGACCGGUGGCUUUGCGCCGGCCCGAGCCGGGACCCCGGUGCCGGAGACCCUGCGCCAGCGGCGGGCACAGGCGGCGGCGGCCCUGCGAGCCGAGCGGGCCCGCGCCCGGGCCCGCGUCACCGACAUGGCCGGGCAGCUGCUCCUGGAGUCGCCCUUCUGGCUGACCGGCAUCCAUUCGACCGCCGGGCAGGGGCUCAUCCUGGAGGCGGUGUGCGACCGGGCUGUCCGGUCUCCGGGGGACGCGCUCUUCGCGGCGCACUUCCUCCGGCUGCUGCACAGCACCAACACGCCGUUCUUCAUUUCGGUCUACAUCCAGCGCACCCUCGGGCGCAUCAUCUACGGUCAGAUGAAUGCCUUCACCAUCGACGAGGCGUCCAAUUAUGGGCUCUUCCUGCGGCUGGUCAUCGCCAUGCUCCUCCGCUGGCAGGACCGCUAUGAGGGGGAGUUUGUUGGCCAGUCGCCGGCCGAGGUGCCGGCGGCCGGUGCGUCGCCGGCCGAUGGGGCCACCGAGCCGCCGGAGCCGGAGCCGGAGCCGGAGCCGGAGCCCCGGCCUGGCCCGGCCCCGGGGGACCCCGAGGCCGAGGCCUGGGCCGCGGCCGGGGUCCCCAUGCCGGCCGGCUUGGAUGGGCUGGCCCUGGCGCCGUUGUACGGCUCGCUGCGGAGCUUUAGCUCGGUGCGCACGCUCUUCCUGCCGUCGGAGGCGGCUGGCGAUUCGCCCGGCGACGAGCAGCCCUCCGGCGAGGGGCCCCCCCCGGCCGGGACCACCACCCCGACCACCGGGGCCGCCAUCGUCCCCGGGCGCACCUUCGACUCGUACCGCAAGGACCUGAAUGUCAUGUUCAGCAUCCUGGCCAACCAGUUCCUGUCGGCCCUGAGCAGCCGCAUUCCCACCGUGGUGAAUGCCACGUUGACCUGUCUGUCACGCAUGACCGACGUCUUCCCCCAUGACGAGGCCACCCUGACCACCAUCAGCCUGGCCGUGCGCCUGGCCAUCGCCGACACCAAUGAGGCCAAUGCGCGCGCUGCCGGCGGCCCGGAGGCCACUGGCGCGGGUGCCCCUGCCGCCCCGGCCACCGACCCGAAUGUCCUCUUCCUGAGUGAGGAGUCUGCCGGCAACCGGAAGCUGACCCUGGCCACCAGUUAUCUCCUGCACUUGGAGGGCUUCCACAGUGCUUGGAAGGCCCCGGAGGCGCCAGCCUCGGCGGCCAAGUCCUCGGGCGCACAGGAAUCGCGGGGUGCCGGUGCGCGCGGCCGUCCCGAGAGCAUCCCUUCGGCGGAGGCGGCCGCCAGCGAGGCCGACUCGCGCUCUGCCUCGGGCAUCUUGCGAUCUUCGCGGGAGGAUGUGUCGGCCGAGGAUCCCGAAGCCGGGAGCCAGCGGUCUCGGGCGCGUGAGCGACGCGCCGAGCGUGAACGUGAGCGUGAGCGCGAGCGCGAGCGCGAGCGUGCUGACAAGGAUCGCGAAAAGUCGGACAAGGAGCGCCGCCGCGAGCGGAAGAACGAGCGCGAGCGCGAGCGCGAGCGCGAGCGUGAGCGCGACCGUGAUCGCGAGCGCGACCGUGAGCGCGACCGUGAGCGCGACCGUGAUCGCGAGCGUGACCGUGAGCGUGACCGCGAGCGCGAUCGCCCCGAUGAGCGCCCCGACAAGACGGAGCGCGCCGAGAAGCCCAGCAAGGCCGAGAAGACCGACAAGUCCAGUAGCAGCAAGGCCAGCAAGGCCGAGAAGGCCGAGCGUGGGGAAAAGUCCUCGCGCUCGGAGCGCGGCGAAAAGCCCGAGCGUGCCUCCAAGGCCGAGCGUGCUGACAAGGCCGAGCGUGCUAACAAGGCCGAGCGUGCUGACAAGGCCGAGCGUGCUGACAAGGCCGAGCGUGCUGACAAGGCCGACAAGGUCGAUAAGACCGAGCGUUCCGAGCGGACUGAGCGCUCUGAGCGCUCCGGACGUUCUGAGCGCCCCGAGCGUCCCGAGCGCCCCGAGCGCCCCGAGCGCCCCGAGCGCCCUGAACGCACCGAGCGCAUCGAGCGCCCGGACCGCGCUGACGAGCGCCAGCGCGAUGCCUCGCCCGCGUGGGAGAAGCUCCCGCAUGUGGCGGCUGCCGGCGGCGGCGUCGGUGCCAGCGCCGAUCGCCCUGGCCCCCGAGCCGCUGACCGUGGCUCCUCGCCGGCCCCGGCGUUGCAGCUGCCCGCCUCGCGGUCGGGCCUGACCCUGCCCCCGUCUUCGGGGGCCGCCACGGCCGGUCCCAGCGCGGCCGGGGAGCCGAUCCGCCGGCCGCGCCCGCGUGCCGUCCUCCUGGCUGACCAGGCUUCUGCGGCCGGGGCCAGCACCUCGGCGGCUUCGUCGCCUGUGGUGCCGCUGGCGAGCGCCGCCGCGGCGCCGGCCGUGGCUCCUCCGGUGGCGCCGGUUGCGGCACCGGCCGCGACGCUACGCCCGGCGCCCCGCCGCGAGGCAUCGCCCCUCCCUUCGGCCACCGUGGGUGCCCCUGCCGGCGAGGAGAUCUUCCGGCCGCGGCCGCGGUCCAGCACGCCCUCCUCGACGUCCGGCAGCACCAGCAGCCAGGGCGCCUCGCCGCGACUGCCACCGGCCGCGGAUGAGGCCGCUCGUCCAUCGGCCCAGCGACUUCCGGAGUCCGGCUCCGAGCUGCCAUCCGGCCUGCGGAAGCGCCAAUGGUCCGAGGUAUCUGAGUCGGAUGCCGACCGCCCGAUCAAGCGCCCCGGGCUGUCCCCCUCGCCGGGGCCCUCCAGCUCGACGGCCUCCCUGGCCGAGGGUCGCCUGGCCAUGAGCGACUCGGCCGAGGCCGCACGCCGCCGGGAGGACCGCGCCCGGCGCUUCGCCGCCAGCUCCGAGACGUCGGAGCAGUCGCCCUCGACCGCGGCCUCUCGGCGUUGGGGCGAGCCCUCGCCUGCCGGCCCCGGGGACAUUGGCGGCCCGGGCGACGGCGGCCGGGGUGACCGCGGUGGCGAGCGUCCCGCCCGUGGUGAGCGCUCGGAUCGCGGUGACCGCGGCGACCGCCUGGACCGCCACGACCGCCACGACCGCGGUGACCGCGGCGACCGCGGCGACCGUGGCGACCGUGGCGACCGCGGCCCUCUGUCGCGCGGCGGCCCGCCGCCCCCGGGGUCUCGCGGCCGCUCGCCCGACCCCCGGUCGCACCAGCAGCGCAGCCCGCCGCCCGGCUUCGAGCAUUCCUUCCCCGAUGAUGGGCCUCCUUCGUACCACCCCCACCCCCACCACCACCAUCACCACCCCCACCCCCACCCCCACCACCAUGGGGGCCCGUUCGGUGGCCGGCGGGGUGGCCGUGGCGGCGGCCCCUUCUCCGGCGGCCCCCCCGGGCGCGACCUCCGCCGAGGCCCGCCGCCCCCGGCCGACCGGCGCGAGCACCACCACCCGUCCGGUGGCGGGCCGUCUGGGCGUGGGCGGCGGUGAUCCCCCAUCUGCCAACGCACCAUCUCAAUAGAUCCUCCCCCGUGUG